GUGGAUCCGCGGGCGCUCCGGCCCCAGCCGCGCCUGCCAGUCUCUGCCCGCCGCCCGGGCGGACGAGGGGAGCGGGGAAGGCGGCGGUGGGGGCGGGGCGGCGCCGGGCCUCGGGCGAGCUGGGGGAGGAGCGCGGCAGCGACGGCGGCGGCUCCGGAGGACGAGGACGGGCGGGGAGGAGGCGGAGGCUCUUCUCUCCUCAUCCAGGACCCCGAGCGUUCGGGACGCAGAGCCCGGAACUGGGGGCCGCGGCGACUGCAGGGAGCCCGGGCUAGUAGGACCUAAAUAUUUGUCCUGCGAGCAAGAGAAACCUCACCUCCCUUUGGAUUAGAAGACUUUGAUUUGCUAUUAGUCCCAGAGUCCAGACUAAUGUUUAAAUCGGUCAUGUUGCUUGGAUGUAGUGGUGCAUGCCUUUAGUCUCAACAUUGAGGAGACAGAAAAAGGCCAGUCUCUGAGAUCCAGGUCAUCCAUCGCUUCACAGUGAAUCUCCCUGGAAAAAGACAUGACUGUUUGCAAUGAUACAUCCUGACAAAAAGUUGCUACCAGAAAAGGAGAAGAAAUUAACAACUGGUGAACAGAAUUUUAAACAACCAGGAUUUUGUAUUUAUCCAACUACAGACUUGUGUUGCCCACUUUUAAAUUAGCAGGAGUCCCAGAACUUGGACAAAGAUAUUUUCUUCUUUUUUUCCCCUUGAGCGUGAGAAAACUGCAAUGUCUAGGAAACAAAGCCAGAAGGAUUCAUCAGGAUUCAUUUUUGAUUUGCAGUCCAAUACUGUACUGGCCCGGGGAGGCACUUUUGAGAACAUGAAGGAGAAGAUAAACGCAGUGCGUGCAAUAGUUCCUAACAAGAGCAACAAUGAAAUCAUCCUGGUUUUGCAGCACUUUGAUAACUGUGUGGACAAAACAGUACAAGCUUUCAUGGAAGGUAGUGCCAGUGAAGUACUCAAAGAAUGGAUAGUAAAAGGCAAGAAAAAGAACAAAAAGAAGAAAAGCAAACCAAAACCUGCAUCAGAAGCGAGUAGCAGCGUCCCAGACUCCAGUAAGUCUGUACCUGUUCAAGAGGAGCAGCCUGCAUCUUCAGAGAAAGGCAACAUUAAUGGGUAUCACAUUAAUGGUGCCAUCCACGAUGUGGACUCUGCAGACUCGCUCAGUGAAGGUUUGGAGACACUUUCAAUAGAUGCCAGAGAACUGGAAGAUCCUGAGUUUGCCUCACCAGAUACAUUGGAUAGAACUGGCUCCGUGCUGGAGAACGGGGUCUCUGACCUUGAGCCCAGGACUACACACUCUAUUCCGAAUGUCCAGCAAUCCCGGAACGCCGCCAAGUCUCUCUCCAGGGCCACCACAGGAACUCAGGCUUCACAUCUGGGGAUGGAGAAUGUUCCACUCUCUUCCACCAAUAAAAAGCUAGGUUCUAAUAUUGAGAAGUCCGUGAAAGACCUCCAGCGCUGUACUGUGUCUCUUGCGCGGUACCGAGUUGUAGUUAAAGAAGAGAUGGAUGCAUCCAUCAAGAAGAUGAAGCAAGCUUUCGCUGAACUGCAGAGCUGUUUAAUGGACCGAGAAGUGGCAUUGCUUGCUGAAAUGGACAAAGUGAAGGCUGAAGCAAUGGAGAUCUUGCUCAGCCGGCAGAAGAAGGCAGAGCUUCUGAAGAAGAUGACGGACGUGGCCGUAAGGAUGUCGGGGGAGCAGCUGGUUGAACUCCGGGCGGACAUCAAGCACUUUGUUAGUGAGCGGAAAUAUGAUGAAGAUCUCGGGCGAGUAGCGCGUUUCACCUGUGAUGUGGAGACCCUGAAGCAGAGCAUCGACGCUUUCGGACAAGUGUCCCAUCCAAAGAACAGCUAUUCAACCAGAUCUCGCUGCAGCUCAGUGGUACCUGUGUCCUUGGGUGGCCCAAAUGAUGGCUCUGCUGCUUCCUCUUCCUCUGGUGCCUCUGCACCCAGCCUUACAGGUGCUAACAAGAGAGGCUGUGCCCCCGGAGAGGCUUCUGCAGCCACGACCAACUCCAGUGAGCGGCCCUGCCAGGCCCGGCGGGAGGUGUUUUCAGGCAACAGGAGAGGAGGACAAGGCUACAGGCCACAAAGCCAAAAGACCACUGACCCCACAAGCCAAGGGCGGCACGACAGUGUGGGUCGCUACAGAAACAGCUCACGGUACUCCUCUGGGUCCAGGCCUCAGAACACUCCACCUCAGGCCCCAGGAAACACUAGCGAAUGGAGCCAGGCUUACUCUGCAGGGACCAAUGGAACUGGAGCCAGCAUGGCGCCUAGCCCACCCAAACCUUCGUUCAAAAGGGGGCUCCCCCAGCGCAAACCAAGGACCUCUCAGGCUGAAGCUGUGAACUCCUGAGGUGUUCCAGUGGGGCUCUCUCCUGUCCCAUCCAGCGCAAUCUAAUAACUGGACUUUAGGAAAGGUAUACUUAGAUUUAAUAACAAAAAGAAAUUUAUGCAUAUCACUUUGGGCCAUCCUAAAUAUUUUUGGUUUCUUCUCUCAUUAUUUUUUGAGGGAAAGCUUUCCUAGUGGUAUGGACUGACUCUGGUUGGUUGUUUUCACCAGGAACCAGAGCGACUAUUGCCAGUUUUCCCAAGUGUAAGCGACCUUCUUCCCAAUGCACAGUCUUCCAGCUGCCCGAAGAGGCCUUACUCAGCACACCCGCCCCCC